UUAAACGUCACUUUCUAAAAGUGAGAAAAGUUAUUAAAACCAAACAAACCAAACAUAACAAAUUGAGAUUUUAUAAUAAAAACUAACUCGAUGUGAUGUAAAUCAACUUAAAAAGUUGAAAAAUGGCAUACAUUAUUUAAUAAAGUUGGUUGAGGUCUCUUUGUGUCUUUACAAUUAUGGAAGGGCCAGGUAUGAGUUUGUUUCAAGGGGCCGCGAGUAUUCAUAUUAAUAAUAGCGCGCAAGAUAGACUCGAGGAACAAGAAGAACUAGAAGACCAAAAACGUCGCAAUGAAGAGCUUCAACAGAAUUUAGACAAUGCUUUUGACGAUCUUCAAGUUGACGAUGACAAUAGUUCUGUUAACAGUAGUGGCAAUUACACAUUGGACGCAACUCGUGCAAAUGGUGUCCAUCACCCUGCCAGGACGGGAUUGCCGCCUACAUAUGUCGAGUCACUGAAUCAUUUAAAAGAAACUCAGCAUGGCUCAGAUUCUCCAAAACAUUUCCACGAGACUCCAAAAAAUAAUUUACAGCACCUAAGAGGUCAUGAAGAUGUUAUGAAAUGUGCUUACAGCCCAUAUGGAGCUGGUGAUGGCCAAAAUCAUUAUUUUAAUCAAGAUGUUAGAGGUCACCUAAAUGGUAUCAACAGCUAUGAUGCCCGACAAGAAUUUAUGAGUAAUGAACAAUUAAAAUUUUUAUAUGAGAUGCGUGUUAAAGAAUGUGAGCAAUAUGCUACACAAAUAGAGGUACUAGAUAAUGAAACAGACUCUCUGAGAGCAAAAUUGUUGGCUGCCGUCCAUGACAAAGAUAAGGCACAGUCUUCAUUGCAGGAAGCACAUCAUUUGCUUGCAUCUAGUAAGCACAAGUCGAUGGAGCUGGAGCAACAAAUGAUCGCGCUGAGAGAGCAGAUGCAGCAGGGUGAGCACGACAAGGAGCAGCUGCGCCUGGAGCUGCGCGCCGCCGACAGUGCGCUGCGGGACGCGCAGCAACGGCUCCAUACGUUGCAGGUGGCUCACUCACACGACACUGAUGCCUUGUUUAGAGAACAGCAAGACAGACAUCGUGAAGAAAUGGACAGGUUACAUAAUGAUUUGAUGAAAGCUAAAAGUCGACUGGAUGAAAAGGAUAAUGAAGUGAAACUUCUUGAAAAACGAUGCAUGGAACGUGAUAGAGAGAAAGAAGAGAUAUUAAUAGAAAAAGGUGCAACCAUAAAUAGGUUAGCGAGUGAGCUGGAAGCAGCACAGAGCCGGCUGGUCAGCGGGGAGUCUGCCCGGUUAAAGGAAAAAGUAUUACAAUUGACCUCCGAAAGAAAUGCAGCCCGGGAACAAGUUAAAGAACUUGGGUCUAAAUUAGAAGUGACCGCUCAGGAAUUAGUUAUGUGUCGCAAUAAAGUAUUGACGAGCCAACGGGAGUACGAGAACUGGAAAACGACGCUUAACCAAAUAUUGACGGAAAUUUUGCCUGAUAAUAAUUACAACAUAGCUGAUCCUCCAUCUCCUGGGAAAUUAGCAAAUCUUAAAGAAGUCUUGAAUCGCUAUAAACAACAGGCGCAAAAGUUGUCGACUUUGCAAGAAGAAUUAGCAAAACGUGAAAAACGGCUCGAACAACAUAGAAAACAAGAAUCGGAUUUGCGAGCAAAAUUAGAAGAACAGAAAGGUAUAGAGAUGCAGCUCAAUUCCCGUUUGGCUGUGCUGCAGAAUAAAUUAGAACUACUGGGAACUAACUCGGACAGUGAAUUAGUUGAAACAUACAAACAGCAGAAUGAACACAUGAGGAAAGAUGCGGAGGAUCUACGAGCCGAAAUUAAAACGCUGGAACUAAAGUACACUGAGCUCGAAAUGGAUUACGAAAAACUGAAAAACGAAAAGGGAAGUCGAGCUUCACUUGUCCAGGAAGCGAACGCCGAUCUCCUGCGCGAGCUGGAGAGAUAUAACGGACAGCUAAAAGACACACUUAAGGAAAAUGGUGAAUUGAAGACGUUAUAUCUACAGGUGUGCAGUGCACGAGAUGCAGUUACGAGAGAACUGAAAAACGUACAUACAAAAACACAAAGAGAAAUAGAACAAUACAAAUCGCAGGAGAGAGAAUAUGUCGAGCGAAUAGAGAACGAGAAAAGACAAGUUGAAAAACUGACAAUAGAUCUGUCAAACUGUAGAGAAGAGUUAGAGAGAGCUAAUAGAAGAAUAUCGGAGUUACAAAAAGAGUUUACGGACAAACAGAAAGAAUUUACCGAUAAACUUGACAAGUUUAUUGAAGAUGAAAAAACUGCCAUGCGAAAAGAAAUGGCAGCGUGUGCGCAAUGUGAAAAACAAUUGAAACAUAUCAGGAACUUGGAAGACCAACUGAGCAAGCGUAAUUUAAAAUUAGCGGCGCAGGAGAGUAACGAAACACUGAUGAAAGAGCUAAAAGGCAAGGCGCAGUUCUUCCAGAAGUACAUAGUUGAGCGAUACAAAAAACUUAGUGACCUGCGUUCCGUCGCUACCAACACGGAUAAUGAUGAAGCGAGCCCCGUGACGUCACCCGCGCGAGCUACACGACACGACGAUGAUGAUGACAACGACCACGAUCGUGACGAUGACCAUCACGACGACCAUGACCAUCAGGCUGAACUAAUGAUGAAAGAAAAAGCUAUACGCGACCAGAUAGCCGAGAAAUUCACAUUGGAAAUUAAAACGAUAGAAAUGAACUGUGCGAGACGAUUGAAAGAAAUGGAGACUGAACAAAUGACAGCAGUGACAAAAUUAAAAGAUUUAUUAGAGCGGAAAGCGACGGAAGUAGACACUUUAAAGCAGUUUAUUUUAUCUGAGCGGGCGAAAGUAACUCAGAUACUAGAAUCGAAAGAAAAUGAAAUAUCUAUACUGAUAAAGGAGCAUAACGAACUACAAAAUGAAUGUCAAAAGGCUAAAGACGAUAUUGGCGAAUGGCGGCACAAAGCUGAAAAAUAUAAAGACAGAUUGUCUCGCUUGGGCUCAUUGGAAGAUAUAAUAAAGAAAGAGAAAGAAGAUUGGAAACAGAAAAGCAAUUCAAAUGCUAAAGAAUUUCAUACAAUGAGAACAAAGUUGCUAGAAUUACAAGCGAAUAUGUCGCAGCUCGAAGAAAAGUAUGCAAAAGUACAAUCAGAUUAUCAAAUUCUACAGGAAAAGUACAAAAACGCAAAGAGGACUGUUUUAACGUAUAAAGACUACAUGGCAAAAAAAGACACCCACAUAAACAACGAAAUGAACAGAAUACAAGACGAAUACCGCAAGAUUUUUGUAAAACUGCAAAACCAGAUAAACUAUUAUGUUAACUGUAGAGUGUUGGAGGAGAAAAAACACAAGGAAAAGAGACCCCAGUCACAACAGCAAGUGCAGGUUGAUUAUACAGAAAAAUUAAACGAAUUGACAGAAGACUUUGCGCGCCUCGCACAAUCUAACUUCAAAGAUUCGCCUGAUCUUCACUGACAUCUACUAAAAGUAUUUAUUGUAAUAUUUAAUAGAUAAUCUAUAAAGUAUUAUUCAUUUUGAAUUAACUAGUAUUCGAAUGAUUGUAAAUUAAAACUGCUUCUGAAAAGGUUAUAGAAUAGCCUCAAAUGGAAUAACUUGUGUAACCACAUUCAACAACGAUUAUUGUAAUUUAUUAAUUUGCCUUAGUUAUGUUCAUUCAAAAAUUAAAAUGUAAAUAGUAUUAUACCAAUACAAGUUUCUUGAAACAUAUAUUUUAAAGUUAUCAAGAUUUGUUGGAAAUUUAUUAGCUAAAAAUACCUAAAAUAUAUUAUUCUUAGUAAUUUUAGUUGACACUUAACAAUUUAAUUCAAAGAAGGUAUUAUUAAUUAUCAUUUGAAUUCAACUAGUUUUUGCAUUUACUUUGGACUACCAAUAAAAUAAAAUAGAAGUCAUAAAAUUUUGAGAUCCGUCCAAGUUCAAAUGCUCAUUCAACACAACAUUAUCCGUCGUGUAUCUAUGAUAAAUACAAGAUUAAUACAACUGUAAUGGCCACAAAGUACUUAUUUAUAAACUUUAGAAAUGAAUUUUCAUUUAAUUGCAUUUACCUAGUGUUAAUAUAAUACAAUAAAUCAUUACAUAUCGAAACAUGUACUUCAUAAAGAUUUUUAGCAAAGGUAUUAUUGCCAUUUUACAUACAAAUUAAUAUGGUAUUUUAGACUUUAAUUAAAACCUUUAUAAAAUUUAAUGAUGAUGUUAUGAAAACGAUAAAUCUUGUAGUAAUUUGAAUAAUUUUGGUGCCUUCUUAUGUUAUUAGUAUAAUGAUAUAUUUUAAUAAAAAAUGGUACAAUAAUUUUAAUUAUUUAAUAUUAAGCAAUGUGACAAUUUUUAACAUAUUUACAUGUACAAAUUAUUGAUAUUGAAGGUUAACUAAAAAUUGGAAUUAAAUGACAAAUUAUUAUAUUUUUGAUAAAAUAUUCACUAUUGAGAAUCAAUUAUUCCUGUGAUAGAGUUUGUAAAUAUAAAACAGUAUUAAAAAUAGUUCAAACAUAAUCUCAACAUUCCAAAUAAUUCCACAAAAACUGUUACAUGUCCAUAUAUAAAUUCGUAUUUAAUAAGUGUUCCCAAUAAUGUCGAAUUUAUUUAUUAUUGCUCAAUUGUUAGUUUACGAGAAAUAUGUUGAUUAGUAGUACUUCAGUUGUGUGUAUAUAAGCUCGCUUUUUUAUAGUUUAAAGUUCAACUAGUUGUAUU